UUUAUUGUGUGAAACCAUCGGUUCUCUUCUUGACCACUUUCUUAUAUAUAAGCAAAACAAGGACAGGGUGACUGAUUUCCUAAUCGGACCGGAUGAUUCCAUGUCGACCCGGCAUUUUUUAAAUCACUUCUAUAUUGGCAACAUGGAACCCACUCCAAAUUUAGAAAAUGAACUUGAUAUUCGUGACAUUAAACUGCUCCACAAUUAGAAAACAUCUCUCUCUGUCUAACAUUGUUGCGUGGAGGUCUUUCCACAACACUCAUUCUCCGUUUCCGAUGAUGUCAUCUGGAGCUCCAUUUCAUGACAAACCCCACAAAACACUUCUUUCCCUCUCCUCGAACCCUCACCCGAGCCAAGCUCGCACCCAUCACCACCCUGGCUCGAGCCCACAUUGACCCCUACGCACCCAUGGACCCCAACCAUUUUGGGUCUGUUCUCGACCAACCAGGCUCGAUCCACACGGUCCAGCAAGUCCACGCUCAAAUCCUGUUUCACAAUGUAUCUUCCUUUCUCUCUCUAACCAUCAAGCUAGUGAGAGCAUACGCCAUAUUAGGCCAUGACAAAGAGGCAGGGCAAGUGUUCGAUGGAGUUAGUGAGAGAAAUGUGGUUCUCUGCAACUCCAUGAUCAGGGGCUACGUUAAGAACCAGCAUUACAGGGAAGCUCUGCUUCUGUAUAGAGACAUGGUGGGUUUUGGGGUUUAUCCUGAUAAGUAUACUUUUCCAUGUGCUUUGAAAGCUUGUUCAGGUGUUAAUGGCCUGGAGCUCGGUCUGCAAAUUCAUGGGGUUUCGGUGAAAUUAGGCUGUGACUAUAAUUUAUUUGUUGGCAAUGCUCUAAUGGCUAUGUAUGCGAAGUGCAGUGAUAUGGACCAGGCCACUAAGGUGUUUGAGUCUAUGAAGCAUAGAGACGUGGUUUCAUGGAAUACUGUAGUUGCAGGUUAUGCACAAAAUGGGUUUUUCGGGGAGGCUUUGGAGGCCUGUAAAGAAAUGGAAAUUCAUGGAGAAAACCCAGAUGCAGGUACACUGGCUAGCCUUCAACCUGCUCUUCUCCAAACUGAACCUAAAGCCAUUGAAAUUGCGAGAGAAAUCUUUGAUAAAAUAAUACAUCGGAACCUGGUUUCUUAUAAUGCCAUGAUCAGUGUGUAUUCAAGCAAUGACAUGGCUAAAGAAGCCAUUGAGAUCCUCUCUUGGAUGAGAAUUGAAGGGGUAAAACCAGAUGUGGUUACAUUUGCUAGUGUUCUUCCGGCUUGUGGACACCUCUCGGCUCUAGCACAGGGGAAGCUCUUGCAUAGCUCCAUAAUUGUUAAUGGGUUCCGUGAAAAUAUGUUUCUUGAGAAUGCUUUGGUGGAUAUGUACUCAAAAUGUGGCAAUUUAAAGGCAGCAAGAGAUGUCUUCGAUAGGAUGAGCUGCAGAGAUGUUGUUACUUGGACUGCCAUGAUUUCUGCCUACGGUAUCCAUGGGAAAGGGCGAGAAGCUUUGGCUCUCUUCUAUGAUAUGUGCCAUUUGAGUUUGAAACCUGACUCCAUUGCAUUGGUAUCAAUUCUAUCAGCUUGUAGCCAUGGGGGGUUAGUAGAUGAAGGUUUGAGCUUAUUUGAGAGCAUGAAUAAGGACUAUCAGGUGGUUCCAAGAGUUGAGCACUAUGCCUGUGUGGUCGAUCUUUUGGGGCGGGCGGGCCGGCUUGAAAUGGCCUAUAAUUUCAUUAAACAGAUGCCAUUAGAACCCAACAAUAGAAUUUGGGGUGCUCUUUUGAGUGCUUGUAGAGUGUACAAGAACACCACCAUAGGUACAAUAGCUGCCGAUAAUUUGUUCAAGUUGGCCCCAAGUCAGUCAGGAUAUUAUGUUCUCUUGUCAAAUAUAUAUGCGUCUUCAGGUAGAUGGGGUGAUGUUGCUCUAGUGAGAAAUUUGAUGAGAAGUCAGGGGAUCAAGAAGCAACCUGGUUCUAGCACUGUGGAGCUUGGUAAUGACGUACACUCUUUUCUAGUGGGAGAUAGGUAUCAUCCCCAAUCUGAUGUGAUCUAUGCGAAAUUGGAGGCUUUGGCUGGCGAGAUGAAAGAGGCUGGUUAUGCAGUAGACACUGAUUCAGCUCUUCAUGAUUUGGAAGACGAGGAUAAGGAGGGUCACCUUGCUGUUCAUAGUGAGAAGCUGGCCAUUGCUUUCUUGCUUAUAAACACAGGGCCAGGGACCAUUAUAAGGGUGACCAAGAACCUUAGGAUUUGUGAGGAUUGCCAUGUUGCAUCCAAGUUCAUCUCAAAGAUAACUGGGAGGGAGAUUGUUCUAAGAGAUACAAAUAGGUUCCAUUGUUUCAAGGAUGGGUCCUGCUCUUGCAGGGAUUACUGGUGAAUUGAGUAGAGGAACGAGAGG